UAUUCAUCUCUCUAUCUGUUUGUGUCAAAGUAGCAAAGAGCGGCUUUAAAAGGCGGCGGCUUCCAGUAAAUUGACGCAAAUUUAGUAUCAAGCAGCCAAAAAUCAUUAUUUCACGGAAAUCAAACCAAUCGUGUUACAUUCUUACUUGAACGUAUCGAAAAAAGUUUUUUUUGCAUCGAAUAAAAAAACAAAUAAAACAACAGACAUUGUGAAUUUACAAUCAAAAAAAGGCACAUCGCCCAGUGUGUGUGUGAUUUGUUCAUGUUUAUUUUGGACUUGUGUUUUACAUAAAUAAAAAAGUCAACACAACGCAACUAAUGUGUACUGAAAUUGUCGUCGACUAAAACUUGUGUUGAACAUUCGAAAAAAAAAAGAGAAAUAAGACCAAAGGUGCGAGUAAACGCCAUUCUGUAUGUUUUUGGAAUAAACAACAUUCGAUAAUUGUUUUUAACAUAGAAUUUAUUGGUUCAUCAACACACAUUCACUUCAGAUGUCAUCUGGACGACCAAUAAAAUGCGUUGUUGUUGGCGACGGCACAGUGGGAAAGACAUGCAUGUUGAUCUCCUACACAACAGAUAGUUUUCCCGGCGAAUAUGUACCCACAGUGUUUGACAACUACUCAGCACCGAUGGUUGUUGACGGCAUUCAGGUCUCACUUGGACUAUGGGAUACCGCUGGUCAAGAAGACUACGAUCGAUUACGACCUUUGUCAUAUCCACAGACUGAUGUUUUUCUUGUUUGCUUUAGCGUAGCAAGUCCGUCAUCGUUCGAGAAUGUCACGUCGAAAUGGUAUCCGGAAAUAAAACAUCACUGCCCCGAUGCGCCAAUGAUUUUAGUUGGUACCAAAAUAGAUUUAAGGGAUGACAGAGAAACGUUAAGUGCUUUAUCGGAGCAAGGUUUGUCGCCAUUGAAGCGCGAACAAGGUCAAAAAUUAGCCAAUAAAAUUAGAGCCGUAAAAUAUAUGGAAUGCUCAGCGCUAACGCAACGAGGACUAAAACAGGUAUUCGAUGAAGCUGUUCGAGCCGUGCUGAAACCAGAACCAAUGAAACGGCGUCAACGAAAGUGUAUUGUCAUGUAAAUCUUGUUGUACAAUCCGAACAAACAAACACUCACACUCAACACACACACAAAUAAACAAAAAAAUAAUAGCCUCUACAGAAAACCAAUUCAUUUGCGCGAUCAACCGUGCAAAGAAUUCAAACUGAACUAAACAAUAAUGGCUUGAAACAAGCAAAAAAAUUCCAAGGAAUUCGCGUAAUCUCAAAAAAAACCUUUUUAUACACACACACAUACACAAACCUUGUUAUACAUCGAAGUAAGGCUUAAAACCUGCAUUUAUUUAUUACGAAAAAUGUUUCGUUGUUUUUUCUUUUUCAUAAAAUUCUGUGAUGGCAGCUAUCAUUUUCACAGUUCACUAUAUUUUAUUCUAUGAUAAACAAAAGAACAACUAAGAUUUUCAAUUGAUGAAAUUUCGAACAACAUCGCAGAAAAAAAAGAGGAAGCAAUCAUUCAAAUGCACAUAACUGUAAAGCACAUUUCAAAAUACACACUCACUUAAAUAUUAGGAACACACACAAACGCAUACACACAUUACAUUCACCAACACACAAACACAAGUACAUACAUUCAAUGAAACGAACAACAGAGAUGCAUUUUUAUGACAGCAACAAUAUUUUUUUAACAUGAAAAAAAACAAAAAAACUCUUAUCUAUAUCGAAGAAAGAGAUGCGGCAUGUGUUUGCAGAAACUUAAUUCAAUUUUUUUUUCUACUAAAAAUUAACAAGAAAAUCCUUUGAAAGAAUAUGUUAUUGUGCCAUAGAGAAGCAUCUAAAAGAAAACCUUCAUUUAGUUUAUCUAGUAAACAUGUAAUCUUUAAGAGACAAUUAAUCAAAGUUUUUCUAUAAGUUAAGGAAUUAAAUUAAACAAAACAAAAAAUUAACAAAAAACUAAGGAAUUGCAAAUGUGAAUGAAUAACAUCCAGUUCU